GUUUCGUACAAACAGUCAUUCACUUGAACAAAGUUAAUCUCAUUUAUCUUUGCAAAAUGUCCUCCUCUGAUCCUGUUGCCUGCUCCUCUUCUGCAACGUCCACAUUAACUGCAACACCACCAUCAACUCCUCCAUCAAUGGCAGCAACAGAGAAUAACAAUACUUCUACGAACGAUACUAAUAUAUCCUCUACUAUGGUAUCACCAUCUAUCCCAGCAACAACAACGAUAACAACGAAUUUAGAGAAUGAUACCCAAGAUUACAAUACAACUAGUACACAAAUGUCAUCCACACCGGUUAUGAUGGAAGUGCAAACUGAAUAUGCUACUCGUCAAUCUGUUCCAAAAACCUCCAUCAGUCAUCCCAUCAACAUCAGCUGGCUUUUACCGAACGAUUUUUUACCAUUACUGACUUAUUGCGAUUUACCUGAACAACUAGAUGUAUAUGACCUGACAGAUCCUGUGAUUUACCAACAAUUAUUACCUUUACUUGAACAAGCUAUUCAACAUGGCCAACAACAAUCUCUACCAGUCAUGGGAAAUUUGGCUCUUAGUUCAUGUCCUGGGAAGAAAGUACGAUUAACUGGUCCUGUUCGUGGUCGUGCUGCUAUCAAUCGUGAUCUGGAUUUGGAUUUUACUAGAAUGCGUUCAUUUGGUAUCACCACUAUUGUCUGUUGUCUUGAAGAUACUGAAUUAGAUUAUCUGGGCGCCACAUGGAAGAAAUAUGCCGCGUCAGCCAAGAAAUAUGGAUUACAUGUAUUACGAUUACCUAUGGUGGAGGGAAGUUGUCCUGAUACUUUGGAGGAAGUGGAUAAUGUCAUCAAUAUUGUGAACAACAAGAUUUGGAAAGGUGAAAAUGUAUUGGCACAUUGUCGUGGAGGGGUGGGACGAGCUGGCUUGUUUGCCUGCUGUUGGAUGAUCAACAAUACAUUAUGUCUAUCUGCCGAACGAGCUAUUAGAACCGUACGUGCUCGAAGAAGUCCUAAAGCAAUUGAAACCAUGCGUCAAGCCGAAUUCGUCAUUCAUUAUGCUCAAUUUAUUACAAGAAAAUUGGAACAACAAAUGAUGGAACAUCGUGAUCAACGUCUUCGGCGGUUAUUAUUAGAGGAACAAGCAAUAUUGGAUGGUACGGAUAAACAUCAUACCGUCGAUCACUCAUUAUCUACACAUCCUUCAUCAUCUAUGUCCGCAGUAGGAACUCCUCUUGAUAUGACACAUACAGAUCAAACUUUAUCUGUCCCCUCUGUCUUUGAUAUUGGCAAUUUGGAACAAAGUAUGCGUAACAAGUCAUUGUCUUCUUCUACUGUUCAUAGCAAUUCUUUAUAGUCUCCCCUUUUUUUUAAAAUAUAUAUAUAUUAUUCCGUCAUCACUAUUAUCAUUUCUCAUCUAUUUGUUUGAUAUUUGUAUAGUCCCUAUCGUAUUUCGUUUUUUUUUUUAUAUAUAUUAUUAUUAUUAUUAUUA